ACAGAGGAUAUUAGAACAAGAAAAUUUGAAUUGGGAAAUUUGAACGAAACAUCACAUCAGGAUCUGACGGAGUCAGCCAAUUUAUCUUAAUGUGAAUAUCAUUGGAUUUUGAACAUGGAAGGAGAAAGCACUGUUCACAGUGGGGAGAAACCGUACAUCUGUUCUGUGUGUGGAAGAGGCUUCAGCCGAUCAUCUGGCCUGUCGAGACAUCAGCGCAGUGACAUGGUGGAGAAACCGUGGAAAUGUGGGGACUGUGGAAAAGGAUUCAAAUCCCCUUCUGAGCUGGAAACUCACCGGCGCAGUCACACCGGGGAAAGGCCCUUCACCUGCUCUGAGUGUGGCAAGGGAUUCACUCAGUCGUCCACCCUGCUGAGGCACCAGCGAGUUCAUACUGGAGAGAGACCGUUCCCUUGCUCUGAGUGUGGAAAGGAAUUCACUCGAUUAUCCAUCCUGCUGAGACACCAGACCAUUCACACUGGGGAGAGGCCCUUCACUUGCUCUGAGUGUGGGAAGAGAUUCACUCAGUCAUCCACCCUCCUGAUACACCAGCGUCUUCACACUGGGGAGAGGCUGUUCACCUGCCCCGAGUGUGGCAAGGGAUUCACCCAGUCAUCCAACUUACUGAGACACCGGCGCGUUCAUACUGACGAGAGACCUUUUCAAUGUCUGGAUUGUGGGAAGGGCUAUAAAAGCUCGGGGGAACUGAUGUCCCAUCAACGUGUUCACACGAAUGAGAGGCCAUUCAGAUGCUCUCAUUGCGGCACUGGUUUCAAGCACUCAUCUCAACUCACAGUUCACCAACGAGUUCACACCGGGGAGAGGCCAUUCACCUGCUCUGAGUGUGGGAAGGGAUUCACUCGGUCAUCCCACCUUCUUGGGCAUAAGCGAAUUCACAACAUGGAGAAACCAUGGAAAUGUGCGGAAUGUGGGAAGAGAUUCAGAUUCCCAUCCAAGCUCGAAAUUCAUCGACGGAGUCACACUGGGGAGAGACCAUUCCCUUGUUCUGUAUGUGGAAAGACAUUCAAGAAUGAAUUUCACCUCAUUGCACAUCAAGUGGUUCACACUGAAACAAGACCCUUUAAAUGUUCUGAUUGUGACAAGAGCUUCAAAAAUGCAGGAGGUUUACUAGCUCACCAGCAAUUUCACACAGUAAAGAGGCCCUUCUGCUGCACUUACUGUGGAAAAGGAUUCACUCAGUCAUCCAGGCUGACUGAGCACCAGCGAGUUCACACUGGGGAGAGACCAUUCAUCUGCUCCAAGUGCGGGAAGGGUUUCACUUGUUUAACUAGCCUCAAUUCACAUCAAUUUGUUCACACUGAUAACAGGCCAUUUCAGUGUUCUUGCUGUGAUAAAAGCUUUAAAAGUACUGGUGACCUGCUACAACACCGACGUGUUCACACUGGAGAGAAGCCAUUCAUCUGCUCCAAGUGUGGGAAAGGAUUCACCCAUUCAUCUGACCUAUUGAGGCACCAGCCAAUUCACACGGGAGAGAGGCCGUUCACCUGCUCCAAGUGUGGGAAGGGGUUCACUCAGUCAUCCACCCUGCUGAGACACCAGUUAGUUCACACUGAUGAGAGACCUUUUAAAUGCUCAGAUUGUGAGAAGUGUUAUAAAAGUUCCCGGGAACUGAUGUCCCAUCAACGUGUUCACACUGACGAGAGACCAUUCAGGUGUUCCCAUUGUGGGACUGGGUUCAGGCAAUCAUCUCAACUCACUAAACACCAGCGAAUUCACACUGGGGAGAGACCAUUUACCUGCUCCCAGUGUGGGAAGGGAUUCACUCAAUCAUCUAACCUUUGGAAACAUCAGCGAGUUCACAAGUAAAUACAAUGAUUAUAUUUUCCUGUUGCACUUUGUUCAUUUGGAAUCUGUUUCUGCUGAUGUUAAUUAAAUCCAACCAGUUACAGUGGUUAAUGUUCUAAUUUAAGUUAUAAAAAUUAGCUUUGCAUUAAA